AUCCCCGUUUGCUAUUUGGUGCACAAGCACCGGUUGCCAAUAUAAUUAUAAAUAUUUUUAACCAAAUAAACGACCAAAUCAAAGGCAUUCGAACACCGCGACAGGCUAAUAAUAUCCGCCAGAGAGUGGCGCAGCGUGAAUUGAUCAACAACGGACGAGGAAAACACGGCUGAAAUCCCCUGGGACAAAAUGGACCUCCUCGACUCGAUACUGAACGCCAUGGACGCGCCGCCAGCGAACAAUGAGCAGCAAAAGACGCUAAUCAAGAAGCAGCGCGAAAUGAUGGAGCGAAUGCAGAACAAGCAGAAGGAGGAGCUCCUCCGCUUUCGGAAGUAUGUGGACGAACGGAUGGGCCGAUUUGCCAAGGACGACAGAAAGUGCAUUGAGUUCCAGCCGCUGGACAAGGUGCAUCGCUCGGUGAUACACGAAAUAGCCGAGAACGGCGGCUUCAUAGCCAUGAGCUUUGGGCGCGAGGAUGUGGACAGACACUCGGUGGUAUACAAAAAGGAACAUGCGCCUGGGGAGGACGAGGUCACGGCCCGGCGAAACGGCGACGGCUGGAACGUGGAGAUAGCCAAAGAAUACGCGGAGCGGCGGAGAGAGCGGCUGGCCCAGGAGCAGAGCGACAAGCAGGCCUCCACCUCCGAAGCGGGUUCCUCCUCCGCGACCGGAGAUCAAGACGGUGGGGAAGUGAAGCCCACUACCAACUACAAGGCCAAGUAUGCCCACCUAAUCGGAGAGUCGGCCGCCCUGCAGGCGGCACGGAAGACGGAGACAAACCAAAGCUAUGGGUUCGUGCCCAGCAAGAACAAGAAGGACAUGCGCUCCAUCGAGCAGACGCUGGCCGAUAUUCAGGCCAAGAAGCGCUUGCGACUGCAGCAGCAACAGGAGUUGGAGCAAGAGCAGGAGCAGGUGCAGGAGGAGGCGUCCACAUCCACAGAGGACCCAUGAACACGCGGGGACUCAUUAGUUUAAAGUUGACUCACCUAACACAAGACUGUCACAACUCCAAGAAGGCAAUUUUUAACUUAGUAUUGUUAUUUCACCCUCCUCUUCAUAUUGUAUACCCUGUAAAGUGAUUCAUGAGUUUCCUUGCAUGCCAAAGAAGAUGCCUUUCGGUUCGGCUCGCACUUCUGGUCCAGUUAUCAUCGCUCAUAUAGGAUAUGUAAAUCGAAUGCCUUAAUAACGCGUUUCCUACAAAUGCCUUCGUCUUGGCAUUGUGACAGUCUUUUGGUAGUGUGGGUCUAAGGAUUAGUUUUGUUGAUUCAGAGAUUAGUCACAUGCAAAGUCCGUCGACUGCCAUGUAAUCAUAAGAAAUAAGCAAUAUAAUUUGUUGGCCAAUUAGGAUGCGAUAGUUGAAAGUGUUUAGGACAAGUCAUGUAGCCACGGCAGCGUCCGACUCGCAAUAUCUAUUUAUAUAAUAAAACAAAAUAUAGAAACGAAGAAAAGGUGAGUUUGCGAGAUUUAAAUUCAUGUGUUCACCACGGGAAACGCACCAGUGCUGCCAGACUUGGCGUCCAUGAUUUCCGCGUUCUAGUGUGCCCAGAAACAGCGAAAGCUUAAAAACCCAGAGGUUUUUGAAAUUUUGUUGUGGGAAAGCCAUAUUUUCAUCUGGCCACUCAAUUUCUCAUACCACGUGUUGCGAAUUGCAGAGUUUUAAGAAGUAAUGGAAAUAAAUAUGAUUUUCUCCAGAAGAAAGAAUGAAAAUAAUAAAUUAAGUGAAAUCGAGGCACAAUUGUUUAAAGACCACACAUAAUGACACCAUGAGCAAUACCGUGGCGUGGAAACCAAACCCGCAAUAACAUGGCAAUUCUGAGACUUCUCAGACCUCGCAUGGAAAGAGCAACUGGCAUUGUUUAAACAAAAGCCUUAAGAUAAAAAGGCUACCUUAAGUUCAAAAGUCGAAUGUGUCUCAAUUGUGUCACAACUGAAGCCGUAAACAACGCGACUUGAAGAUGGAAACUGGCAUUGUUUGAAAUAAAGCAAUCUGGAAAAGAGCCUACCUGAUAUUCAAAGGCACGUUGACAGCCAAGAAAGGAUUACAAAAUCCUGUUCCAUAUUUUAAUUCAAUAAAUAAAAAAAAUUAUAAAA